AUGCCAUACCAAGAGCUUGUUAAAUCCUUUGAUAAGAAAAAAAUACUCGAGACAUGGCCAGAGGUAACUCCAUUGAGUUGUAUAUCGGGUGUGCCGACGUCCUCCGAGAGUCUGGGGGACUCUGACAAGGAUGUAUUCGAAGGACACGAUGAAGAACAAAUCAAGCUUAUGGAUGAGCUCUGCAUUGUACUUGAUUACGAGGACAAACCAGUGGGGGCGGGCACAAAGAAAUUAUGCCAUAUCAUGAAGAACAUUGAGAACGGCUUAUUGCACAGAGCCUUCUCUGUAUUUCUUUUCAAUAAGAACGAUGAACUCCUUUUGCAGCAAAGAGCGGAUGAGAAGAUCACAUUUCCAAAUAUGUGGACUAACACCUGCUGCUCACACCCUCUUUGUGUACCCUCAGAACUAGGUAUUAACCUGACGGAUCGUGAAAUUGAUUUGAACGAUUUGAAAGCUGGCAUCGCUGGAGCCAAGAUUGCUGCGCAAAGAAAACUAUUUCAUGAACUCGGAAUCUCAGCAGAGGAAUGCCCCAUAGCUGAUUUCCAAUUUUUGACCAGAAUACACUAUAAGUCAGCAAGUGGUGCAUGCUCAAAAUGGGGAGAACAUGAAAUCGACUACAUCCUUAUUUUGAGAGCUCAAAAGGAGAUCACGUUGGAUCCUAAUGUCAAUGAAGUGAAGGACCACCGAUUUGUUACUGUCUCCUCUUUGAAGGAAAUGCUCAAUGACGACAACCUAGUGUUCACACCUUGGUUCAAGCUAAUUUGCGAAACGUUCUUGUUUAAAUGGUGGAAGAACCUAUCCGAUCUUUCUCAAUUUGAGGACUCAGAAAUUCACCGCCUUCUCUAA